GCUAGUUGGGGUGUGACGUGCACACUGCAGGUUUAAACUCUGACCGAUCAGGAAGAAGAGUUUUUUUUUUCACAGCUCUGUGGAAGCGUAUAGUUUUGUUUUUAAAUAUAGGGAGGAUUAAAUUAAAUCUUAAUUUGUUAAAGCGAAAAGAUCCGACGCAAAGAUGUCUGUUGCCGGACUAAAGAAACAGUUUUAUAAAGCGAGUCAGAUGAUGAGUGAGAAGGUGGGAGGCGCAGAAGGAACCAAACUGGAUGAGGACUUCAAAGACCUUGAGAGGAAGGCUGACAUCACCAGCAAAGCUAUAUCAGAUGUGCUCUGCAAAACUACCGAAUACCUGCAGCCUAACCCAGCAUCAAGAGCGAGGCUGACCAUGGUGAACACCGUGUCUAAAAUGCGUGGGCAGGUAAAGAGCCCAGGUUACCCGCAGGCAGAAGGCCUUCUGGGAGAGUGUAUGCUUAAAUACGGCCGUGACAUGGGAGAGGACACAAACUUUGGUGGCGCUUUAGUGGAGAUGGGAGAGGCCAUGAAGAGACUGGCAGAAGUGAAAGACUGUCUCGACAUUGACGUCAAACAGAACUUCAUCGACCCUUUCCAAACUAUAGUCGACAAGGACCUGAAAGACAUACAGCAUCAUCUGAAGAAACUUGAGGGCCGUCGACUGGAUUACGACUACAAGAAGAAGCGUCAGGGGAAGAUUCCGGAUGAGGAGCUCAGGCUAGCAGCAGAGAAGUUCGAAGAGUCCAAAGAAGCAGCUGAAACCAGCAUGCAAAACCUUCUGGAUACUGACGUGGAGCAGGUGAGUCAGCUCUCAGCUUUGGUCGAAUCUCAGCUGCAGUUUCACAGACAGUCUAUGGAGGUCCUGGAGGAGCUUGCGCAGCAAAUGAGAGAAAGAGUAAACAAGGCCCAGUCUCAGCCACGCCAGAAACGGAUGCCUGUGUCCAGACCCAGUUUUGAUUGCUCAGAACCGGAAGACUCUAACGGAGGCUGGAACCCAUCCGCUGCGCCACCCUCGCAUCCGUCUGCAGCGGCUCCCUCAUUUAACAGGACAUCUUCACGCCAGAAACGCAAUUCGACAGAUCAGCCCUGCUGCAAGGCUCUGUAUGACUUUGAACCGGAGAACGACGGAGAGCUAGGCUUCUGCGAGGGUGACGUCAUCACGCUGACCAAUCAGAUAGACGAGAACUGGUUCGAGGGAACCGUGCGCGGCCAGUCCGGAUUGUUCCCCUGUAACUACGUAGAGGUGGUGGUGCCGCUGCGGCACUGAUCCCACACAAAACAGGAAGAGGAAGUGCAAUGGCAGGUACACACAGGGAGACAGGAAAAAUCUGUGACUUGUAUUUCACUAUGAGCACUUUGACCUCCUGAGAGAGAUGUUGGGUAAUAAUACAAUAAGAGUCUGGGAUAUUAUUUGUUACUUAGGGUUCAGGUCCAGCAUUUAGUUCAUAUUAGGAAAUAUUCUCCCAAAAUGCAACAAACAUCAUUGAGAAGAGACAAUUUUCCUUUAGCUUUCCUAUAAUGCCAAGAAGUGUCUUCUGUUGGUAUUCACUGACCUCUACUGGCUGAGUUUGCGUACAACAGUUAAAAAAAAAUCUUGCCUAGUGUUUGUCCCUCAGCUUAGCUCUUUCCGAAUGGCUCAAAGGUCGAUGUAUUUGAAUACAACUUAUUUUAAUUCCUAAUGCAGUUGUUCAUUUGAAUAUCAUGACUGCUUGGCUAACCCUUUCCCGUUAGUUUAAGCUGUUUUGGGUUCGUUUCAUUUUCCAUAAAGGGAUACGCACCCAAAAAGUGAAGGGUGAGUAAGCGGCGAUGAAUUUGGGCGAGCUAUCCCUUUAAAUGCACUUUAUCUCUGCGUUAAUAAUUAGGUGGCUUUAGCAACGAAACAAGAAGGGAGGUCAGAGAGUCUUUGCAUGAGCAUUAACAGGGACGAUUUACUCAAAAAUAAAAGUUAAGUUUUAUUUUCUCACCUUUAUGUUGUUCCGAACACUUCCAGUUUCAGAGUCGUAUGGUUUUGAAUGGCAUCAGGGCGAGUAAAUUAAACUAUUUCCUUAAAUGAACACUUCCUGCUUGCAAAUCCUGUAGGUAAAUCCAGCCGUUUAAUGAACCAGAACUACCCGUUUGUGUUUAUGCACACGACAGUCAUUUUUUACUUUUCUUUUUCCGCAUGAUACCACACCUCGUUUACUUUUCUGGAAAGGGAACCUUUUAUAAAUCCACUUCUUCUGAGAAAAAUAGUGGCACUCGCAUAAUAGAAUACCUCCGCUUACAGAUGUUCGAGUUCAGCGUGAACGUCGAGUUCUUGAAAAGGGAAAUUAAGUGUGUGAACCGCUUUUGUGAUUCAGUUUUUUAAGCCCAGGUUGUCUUCUGUAUUAUUAUGGCUUUAACUAGUUUCACUUUCUCACUGGUUCUGGUUCUGGUUCGGCUUCUCAGGGAAAGGUACAUAGAAUCUCUUUGGGACUCGUUCUUAAUAUCAGACGUUCAGAACCAAAAGAAAAAAAAGAAAAAAGACGUUCUAGUGCUGACAGCUAAAUUUUCAUAAACCUUACCAAACUAAAGUUUACAUGGUUCCUAUAUCUUUUGUAUUUGUGGAUUUUUCUAGUCUUUUCGUUGCAGUACCAAUGUUAUUCAGCUAUUUGUGGAGCGCUUCUUGAUUUUUGAAGGUCUGUAAUCUGCAAAUAUCAAGGUGUAGUUCAAUGAAAAAUAAACGGCAGCUCUUCCAUGUGCCGUUACGUACCUCAUGAUAGACAUGUUUAGCAGUUUUAGAUUUUAUGAACAAAAUGCCAUUUUUCACAUUUCUUUCUCACCCCAAACUCUUCCAGGAAUCUCGACGAGGAAAUUGUGAAAAGUGGCAUCGGGCUGUAAUCUGUCCCUGUAGUAAAAGUAGGAAAUCAGAGCUGAGGGAAAGUGUGGUGUCCCAUGCUGUGCAUCAUAAUUGCCAGUGAUAGGUCAUAAAGUAUAAACCACAGCAUGUUCAGAAAGAAUGAGAUUUCGGCGGCAAACAUCAUGCCUCUUUUGAUGUGCCUUUUUUUCAUUUUUACUCGUGUAAUUGAUUUCGUAUUAAUCAGCAGUUCAGAUUUCAGGAAAAUCAGUUGUUUACGCCUGAAAGGAACCAGUGGGACCAGCUUUUGAAAAGUAUAGCUUCGGGUGAGAGACAUUGGUUAAGGUCUCGCUGCUUCUCACUGUAGUACUGUACUAUCUACAUGCCUUCUGAUGUUGCUCACACUACACUUAACGGUCAUAUUUUAUUAUGGGUGGAUUGUAUUUUGUGUAAUGGGAAAAAACGUACUGUCCCUGGUAAACGUUGUUAGACCUCAAAUCGAGAUUUAUGACGAUCGGAAAGUGUUUCAUAAAGAAUGCUUGUUUGAAUCAGUAUUCCCUCCCUGAUCCAUUUGUGAUUUUUAUGUUUUGUUAGAGAACGUUGUAUAUUUUCAUUUUAAAUAAAGGUGAAAACUGUA